UUCCUACCGCAGGUCCACGAGAAGCUCUUGCACGUUUUUCCCCCAACCCCCCUUUGCACCGCAAGUUUUGGAGGAACUUCGCCUUUUCUCUUUUGCACUGACGCUCCCCCGCCACCUUGCGCUCACUUCGCUUCGUUUCCCGGACAUUCGCCACGUCUCGAGCAAUGGGCAAAGAAGCGCUGCUAGCAGCCCUGUGCGUCUGGAGCAUUGGUCUGGUUGCCCAGUGCGGAGAACCCGCCGCUGCCAGCACCGCGGACCCACGAAGCACUACUGAAAAAAAGUGGGACUUCAAUGUUAUCAAGAGCAAAUUUGCUUUAAGGACGCUUGAAAAGGCUGAUGAGGACACCUGUCUCAUUGUUCCUGGACAACAAACAAGUGUAGCACAAUGCAGCUUUAAUCACACCAGUAAAACCUUUGUGGUUAUACAUGGAUGGACGGUGACUGGCAUGUAUGAGAGCUGGGUGCCCAAGCUGGUAAAAGCACUGUAUAAGAGGGAACCCAACUCUAAUGUCAUUGUUGUUGAUUGGCUGGCCCGAGCUAGCUUACAUUAUCCAAUAUCUGCUGCCUACACAAAGCAGGUGGGAGAAGACGUUGCUACAUUUGUUGACUGGAUGGAGGAGCAGUUCAGUUACUCCCUGGACAAAGUCCAUUUGCUGGGAUACAGCCUUGGUGCCCAUGUUGCUGGCAUUGCUGGAAGUCUGACCAAUAACAAGAUUAAUAGAAUUACUGGUUUAGACCCCGCUGGACCUAAUUUUGAAUAUGCUGAGGAAUCUGUACGCCUUUCCCCAGAUGAUGCUGUCUUUGUAGAUGUCUUGCACACUUAUACAAGGGGAUCUCCAGAUCGCAGUAUUGGAAUUCAGAAACCUAUUGGGCAUAUUGAUAUCUACCCUAAUGGUGGUAACUUCCAACCAGGUUGCAAUAUAGGAGAAACGCUGCUUGCGAUUGCAGAAAAAGGGUUUCAAGAUGCAGAUCAGCUGGUGAAAUGCUCUCAUGAACGCUCCAUCCAUCUCUUCAUUGAUUCCCUCUUAUAUGAAGAAAAACCGAUUAUGGCAUACCGCUGCAACUCAAGACAAACAUUUGAAAGAGGGCUCUGUUUGAGCUGUAGGAAGAACCGGUGCAAUAAUUUAGGCUAUAAAAUCAAUAGAGUGAGAAGCAAGAGGAACACCAGAAUGUACCUGAAGACACGAUCGCAAAUGCCUUUUAAAGUUUUUCAUUAUCAAGUUAAGGUCCACUUUUUUGGAAAGACGAGUAUGACCAUAAAAAAGCAGCAAUUCCUUAUCUCUCUACAUGGUACUAAGGCUGAAAGUGACAACAUUGCUUUUACACUGCCUGAGGUCUCCACAAACAAAACCCAUUCCUUCCUGAUAUACACAGAGAUCGAUAUUGGAGAGCUCCUUAUUGUCAAACUGCAAUGGUUCAACGACUCUAUUUUCAACUUUUGGUGGAGUGCCCCUGAGUUUCGUAUCAAGAGGGUCAGAGUCAAGGCUGGAGAAACCCAGAAAAAGUUGGUGUUCUGCUCUCCAGAAGGAUCCUCUUACAUCAAAAAAGGAAGUGGCACAGCAGAAUUUGUGCGAUGCCUUGGGAAAAAACCUAAUGAUACACAUUCAUGAGCACCAGGCAGGUCAUGAAAUAAGUAUCAUCACUUGAGUUCUUUGAAGAGGUGAAGAAGAAUUCCCAGUGUGCUGGCUGUUCAGGACUGAAUGUACUGAAAUAUUUCAUCAGCCAUCUGUAAUACUGUCACCCAGAUUCUGCUCCAGUCUGAUUGCACCAGGAUAUGGUUGUGGACGUGAAGCUGAACGCACAUCUAACUGAAAGCAAUAAAGAUGGUCAACACUUUAGUUCAGAUGUACAUCUCAUCCAGAAAGUGGUAUGUGCACAGAAGCCUACUUCUGUAUGUGUAUCUUCUUAUCUGGAUCAGGGUACUUUUGUAUCGUCUUAGCACACAAGAGAACACUUUAGCCAAGUAUUGGUGAGUUGUU